UAUCAGUUUUGUGGCCAUUGGACGCAUAGCGCCGUUGACUACGUACGGGAAUUUGCCGUACGUUGGUCCACCGUUGUCGGUUGGCAUCGAAUAUGUUCAGCAGAAAUACGCCGGCACCAUGAACUUUACUUUGAACAUCCUGUACGAACCGCUGCGUCUCGGCCAAGCACCGCCGGAACUGGCUGAGAAUGCUGUACGAUUGGCGGCUGAAUGGCAUUAUACUAAACGGAAGGAGAGCGACAUUACCAUCUACCUUUUUUCCGGCGGGGCUGAAGUAAGCACGGAAAUCCCGCAUUUUAUGCGACUUUGGAACACCCUCUGGAUUUCAACGCUUUCGGUCACUUCGCAAAUCAGUGACCGCAUUAUGAACCCCACAUGGAUCGCUGUCAACGACUUCUCCACCUCCCAAUGUGCGCAUCUGUACAUCGACAUUUUGACGAAGUAUCGUUGGACCACGGUGUACCUGAUUACUGAUCCGGGAGACCCCAGCGUUUUUGGAGCUAUCUCAGGGAUGCUUUCGAAGGAGCUGGCCAGGCAGCCGAGUAUCCGGUACACUGCGCGGCGCAUAUCGACAAAAGGCGCCGGUGUAGCGUACGGAAACUUUGAAUCGGUUUUAAGGGACGUUGCUGCAGUUAGUCGUGUGGUUUUAUUCUUCGGCCACGCCUUCUUUCUACGGGAGCUUCUGAUUACGGCAGAAUGGUUAGGCAUGACGAAUGGAGAAUACGUUUACAUUGCUCUGGAAACUAUGCGCAAUAAACCGAUCAUCGGCGAUUUCAACUGGCAUUACAACGACGACAACGACCAGAUUGCAUUUCGUGCGUACCAAUCGCUGCUGCUCCUGCAACCAAAAAACAUCGAUACGCCACCCAAUAUGCAGCUGGGAAUGGAGUUUAUUCGCCGCUCCGCACGAGAUUACAACCUCACCUACAACAUUUCAGAUCAGAACUUCCCAAACCUUGUCAGCAGUUACUGGGCAGUUGUGGCCACCGCCUCACUCAUCAAUGAAUCGCUUUCUCGAACGGAUCGUACAGAUUUCCAGAACGGUAGGGCCCUGGCGCGCCUCUUCCUCAAUCACACCUAUGAUGACCAGUACGGGAGUCUCUACGUGGACAGCACUGGACAACGACGCACGGAUUUUGUUGUCACAUACUUCACGACACUGGGAAUUCGUACACCACUGCUAGUUAAGAUCGGCACAGAGGACAUGCUGAACGAGGCCAUAAAUUUAACGGAGUGGACCAACUCCAGAAAAGCAUUUCCUCCACCGAAUGAACCGCAGUGCGGAUACUUGAACAAUAAAUGUUUAUCGAAGAAUACCAACACAUCAUUGUGGAUUAGCCUCUUUACCGUACUGGGAAUAUCCGUCGUCGCAGGAAUUUUCGGUGUAUUUUAUUGGCGGUACAAAAAAUUGAAAGAUGGCGAACAACUUCUGCACGAUCCUUGGUGGCAAGUGGACAUAGACGAUCUGAAAGCAGCCAAUGCUUCCUCGAUGUUUACUGCACCAACCGCACAGCCGUACAAUGGCUCGAUUUCCUUAGGAGCGGAGACAACGAUGCGAUUCGUUUCGCUGAAGGGCAAACCCGCGGUAUGUUUUCCGUGUGGACGCGGAGAACCGGCACUGAAUUUUAAAGACAUCUUCAAGAUCUACAAUUUACUCAAGCUGUUUAAAAAAUUGCGAGGAAUCGAACACCAGAAUAUCGGGCAGUUUUAUGGAUUAAGCAUCGCCAGAAGCGGUGCUGGGUGGUGUAACGUUUUCGUGUUGUUCGGCUGCCCAUCACGUGGCAGCCUACCGCAGGUGUGCUGCAGCGCCAUCGGCAGGGAUUUCACGUUCACCAGUUCCUUCGUCAUGGACUUCCUUGAGGGAUUAAAUUACGUCCAUCAUUCGCGGCUGCGUUAUCACGGUCGAUUGAGUACGUUUAACUGCUGGAUCGACAAGCAUUUCACGCUGAAGCUGAUGAACAUAGCCAGCGACAGGAUCUGCAGUCAGCUGGAAAGUGUGGAUAACGUCACAGACUGCUUUGGCCCGACGCAUUGCAGCUGGGAACCGUUAUUCUGGUUGGUCCCGGAAUUGGACGAAAUCGACCAAUCAGACAGCGCCGUCACGUCCAUGCAGGCUGUCGAUAUAUUCUCCUCGGGACUGAUUCUCUACGAUAUUCUGACAGCCGGAUCGUUAUACCGGAAAAUGCAGGACAAGUUCGGCAUAUCAACUGUCGUCGAUAUGGAGUUUGCUUUCGAUAAUCCACUCAUUGCCGCGGUGGAUUUCAUGGAGAUCGCCGAACUGGCCAGUGUCAUUCAUACGUGCUUAAGCGCACUUCCUGAAGAUCGGCCGAGUAUCAAGCAGCUGCGCUCGCAACUACGCGAGUUGUCGCCGCUGCUAGCGCCGGAAAUGAAUCAGUAUAAACUUUUCGAUAAAAUAUACCGGCAACUGUGUCUGUAUUCCAAUCAGCUGGAGCUGGAUGUGAUCCUGCGGACCAAAGCGCUGCAGGAUGCUCGCCGGCGCUGUGAUGCCCUGGUCAGGCAGUUUUUACCAAAGUAUAACAUAUUGGUGGUGCUGCCUUAA